AUGUUGGGGCCAGCCGUCUGUGUUGUGUCUGGUGUUGACGUGAGCAGUGAGCUGUCAUUCAGUAACUGUGGUCGCUGGCUGGAGAGGGUCAGGGCCCACUGCCAGGGUCUGCACAUCCCAGGUGUGUUGGUGGGUAACAAGUCGGACCUGUCCUCGCGGAAGGAGGUGGAGACCUCGGUGGCCCAGGAGUGGGCCCAAAGCCAGGGGCUGCAGUACCACGAGACGUCCGCUAAGGAGAUGGAGAACUGUGAAGCUCCCUUUCUGAGUCUAGCCCAGCUGUUCCACUCUCUCUACCAAGACAGACUACAGACCAUACAGAAUCUGGCCUAACAUUCUAGAACCUGACCUAACAUUCUAGAACCUGGCCUAACAUUCUAGAACCUGGCCUAACAUUCUAGAAUCUGGCCUGACAAUCUUGAACCUGAACAUUCUAGAACCUGGCCUAACACAUAUAAAUUACAUUGUAUAUAUUCUGUUUCUUUGGCCUCUAGAAAGGAUAUAUGGAUUAUAUUUCUAUGGAUUCUAGGACCUGGCCCAAUGUUCUAGAACUUGGCCCAACAUUCCCUAAGUGAAAAAUACUGCCUCUGACAGUGAGACAUCCACCUUACAUUGGGGUGGAGAUUAAGAUGAAACUGUUAUCUACAAUAAUUAAUGUUCUGUAUAUUCUUCACGUUGUCUGAGUUAUGCAGGAGAACAUGAUAAAUGGAUUUAAAGUUUGUGA